AUGCAGCAUGUAUUUGGAUAUCCCACUCCUCCCGCGUCGCCGGUGUACGACAAUACGAAGUGUGCGAACCUUCAGCCCAUCACAACCGCACCUAACUGUCAAGCACGCUAUGUCCCGUUAACGCCGGAGGAGAGACUGGGAAGAUUCCUUGAGGGCAAGUUGCAGUUGACGACCAUCCUUGGAACCGGCGCAUAUGGCGUCGUCUAUUCUGCCGUGGAUGUAAAGACCGGAGUACGAUAUGCCGUCAAGUGCCUCAGCAAGUUCAACCCGGAUGGAACUCCUUUGGAUCGUCGACAGGUUGCCUUCCAGAACCGCGAAAUCCGUCUCCACUACUUGGCAUCGGCCCACCCGAACGUGGUGUCUAUGCUCAAGAUCGUGGAUGACCCGGACUGCAUCUAUGUUAUCUUGGAAUAUUGCCCGGAAGGUGAUCUGUUUUACAACAUCACCGAGUGUGGUCAGUAUGUCGGGAACGACAGCCUAGCCAAGAGCGUCUUCCUUCAGAUUCUGGAUGCCGUUGAGCACUGCCACUCUUUGGGAAUCUACCACAGGGAUUUGAAGCCGGAGAACAUUCUUGUUUCAGACCACGGAGAGACCGUCAAGCUUGCCGACUUUGGCCUCGCGACCUCAUCUGACCGGUCUGAGGACUAUGGAUGCGGCUCGACUUUCUACAUGAGUCCAGAAUGCCUGGACCACUCUGCCCGGAGACCUUUCUACUUUUGCGCCCCCAAUGAUGUCUGGAGCCUCGGAGUCAUCCUGGUCAACCUGACCUGCGGACGUAACCCAUGGAAGCAAGCUUCAUUCGAGGACUCUACUUACCGUGCUUACACGCGGUGCCCGGAAACCUUGAAGAGCAUCCUCCCAGUGUCGGAUGAACUGAACGAUAUCUUGGGAAGGAUCUUCACCCGCAACCCGGACCACAGAAUUACUUUGCCCGAGUUGAGGAACAGAAUCCAGACUUGCUCCAGCUUCACGAUCCCGGCCGUUCCCGUCAUGCUCCCCACGCCGCCUGCUUCGCCGGAGCACACCACCGAAUACGUUACUUGCGAGGACACCAUCAUCGAUGACUACGAUAACGCCCUCUCCCCUGCCUCCUCAUCCUCUGACGAGGGCUCCGAAUGCUCAUCCGACGACGGCUCGCUUACCUCCAGCGGCUCAACCAUCGACGAUCUUGACGAGGAGUUCCUCCAGGAACAGCAACAGGAAACUUGCCACACCCAGACCUAUGAACCAGAGGAGCCAAGGACAGCUUUUUUCCCUAACCAGGAGUUCAUUUCUCAGCAGUACACCGGACCUGUACCUACGCCAGUGGCAGUACAAGUUCAGGCACAUGCUCCCAUGCCUCAGGUCCCUAUGCAGGCACCCAGUUGCCCGCCUAAGUCUUUUGUUCCGUUCUGGUGGGGAGACGUGGUCAAGUAUGCUCAGCAUGCUCCUGCCAUCCACCCUCAUGUUCCGUUCCACCACCAGGUUCCUAUCUUUGCCCACCUCCAAGGCUGCUACUAA